CAAAACCGUUCAAUGGGUCCCUCUGAUCACAACGAAACUAAUCGAAAAUGUUGCCACCCAUUCACGACUCUAUCGACUGGCCAGCCAAGCGGUGACAAACAGUGAACACAAAGACAACAAAUCGAAUCAGUCACCGACACGGAUCUCAGUUGGUAUCUGACGAAUGUGAGCAUGCACAAGAAUGUGGCCAAUUCGAAAUUCUACACCGAUCAUGUGGAUGAAAAGUCUUUGGUCGAUCCGGAAGUGAAGUUACUGCACGCGUUCGUUAGCAUUUGCGAUACAUUCAGGGACGAAUGUUUGGAUGACGAGGCGUUGGAGAAAUAUUUGACCCAAGUCACGCAAACGAUUUUAUAUUUCACAUUGCCCGAGACGGACUUUGCUUGCCUGCCGUUGAGAACAUUCCUAUCCACUUUAUUGGCAAACGUUGUGUUCAAACCGUUGCUGGAAAUGUUCUCCGAUCCGGAUUUUUUGAAUCUGCAAAUUGCGCGUUUGUGUCCUAAGGAACCUCCGGUGGAAUUUUUGCUCAAACUUCUGCGAUGCUCGUCAGAUUUCUCGGAAUUGCGAGCCUGUCGACAGUUUAUAACAAAAGAAAUGGAUUUGAAAUUUAAAGAUUCGGCCACGAAUCCGGAAUUGAGUAGCUUGAAGUACACACAGAAAUUAAUCGAUUUACGGCUGAGUUACUUGCAAAACCAUAGAUCGGGCAAAUCUGACAAGGAUAAGCCAAUAUCAAAUAUGCCAAUUUUAUCAUUAGACGAAUUGCUGAACAAAGAGAUUGCACUGUCCUACUAUUUGGACUACUUAAGCAUCUUGAAUCUGCAAAAAUAUGUGAUUUUCUAUUUAACGGCUCAGGAAUGGAAACUUUCAUUUAGUCGUUCAAUGUUAGACCUACAGUCCAACAAAACGAAAACUUCCCGUGACGAAUUACUCAAAAGUCUGCGCGACAAGGCACAAAACAUAUUCACGGAGUACUUGCUUCCAACGUCUUCGAACUGUUUGAACAUCGACCAUGGACUGAUAGAGGCUUUGACUAUUAAACUGAAAGAUCAAACAUUGAGCCCCGAGCCGAUGUGGUUCGAUUCGAUUUGUAAAUUUGUUUACGAGAAACUGAAGAAUGAAGAGAUUUUCCUGACAAAUUUCUACCAAAGUUCCGCGCGAUACAUUGCGAGGGACAAUACGCCGUGUAUGCCAUUCAAGUGUCGGUCGUCGAAGAUAAUCAACAGAAAUGCUGGCAUAUUUAUCGACGCUACUCACGGUUCCUGGAGCUUAAGAAAAUUUUGGUUAAGAAGUAUCCUACGAUGUCACGAGUUCCGUUUCCCGCCAAGAAGGCAUUCCAAAAUACUCAACGAUCUGUACUAGAACACCGAAUGGCUGUGCUGAAUGAUUUUUUGAGAUAUU